AUGUCGAACAUCAUGCGACUGCUCGGCAUCCGUACAAGAAACCGAAACGACGACGGAUAUCUCUGCAAACUGACUCUCAACGUCGACGACCAAGUUGAGGAGCCAGUCUGCUCUUCUCGUGAUGCGGUCGUGACCGCCGGACCCCCGACUGGUCCAGUCGAGUUGGAGUACGUCGUUGACGGUCUUCCGGUACCACCGAAGGCCUUCAACGUCGAAGUGGUACGCGAUGCUCUCCGGUACCGGGCGCGACCGAGCGACGUUUUCGUGGCUACGUACCCGAAGUCGGGUACUGCGUGGUUGCAGCGCAUCGUCUGGACGCUCCUGAACCUGGACAGAAUAGACGAAGGAGUACCGUCCCUAAUGGACACCAUGACCCGGCACAUGUCAUUCCUGGAGCUCGUUGGCCGAAGGAUGGUUGAAGCGCUGCCCGAGCCCCGAGUCAUCAAGCACCACCUGCCGUUCUGGCUGUCGCCGUACCAUCCGCUGGCGAAAUACGUCGUGCUCGUGCGAAACCCGUUCGACUGCGUCGUCUCCUUCUACUACCACUGCCGAGCGGAGCCGUCCGUGGGCCUCCCACCGGGCGUCGUCACGUUCGACGACUUCUUCGAGCGGUUCGUCGAGGGCCGCGUACCGUUCGGAUCGUACUUCGACCACGUCUUGUCCUGGUACGCCCGCCGCAACGACUCUAACGUGCUGUUCCUCCAUUACGAGACGCUCAGGGAACGUCCGGCCACCGUGACGCUCGAGAUCGCGGACUUCCUUGACGACGGCGUCGCCUCGAGGCUCCGCGGAGACGAACGACUCCUACGGUACGUGGUCGACCGGACGUCGGCCGGCUGUCUUAAGACCGGCCACCUUCUCGUAUCGACUCCUUCAUCCGGUCGCAGCGCUGCUGGUGCGGUAAGGUCGCGCUCAAGACGUGGGGAACCGUUGGACAAGAUUUCUACAAAGUGUAUUCGCGAGGGUGACAUUGAAGAAUGGAAGCGACUCUUCAAGCCAGAUCAGAUGCGGCGCUUACGGCAGCUAUGCGAAGAAAGGCUCAAAGGCACGAAGAUGUGGUACACGUGGCAGAAGUGGUUCGAGUAA